AUGUCCUCCUCCCCUGUUAUUUCUGCACCUCCUCCAGUUGGAGUCUCUAGUCCCGUUCAUUUCGAGAAAGUGUUGGGGGUGCCUGCUGAUAUUUUCCCCAAGCGAUCUAUCCAGGAUCAUGAUGACGCUCCUCAUGUCACCAAGCGCCCUUACUAUGACAAUGAUCAUAGUCGGAUAAUGGGCCCCAUAAACCCCAAUCAAUCAUCAUUUGAAGAAUCUUGUAGUGGUGGCCAACGCUGUGCCACCCAAUCACUUCCAAAGGGCCUCCCCCCGCCCUAUCAACUGGGAGGGCAUGUCCCUACUGCUCUGGAACACCGUGUCAUGACGAAGAAUCUUCUGAAGUGCAACGAGGUUGAUCUUAGCCUGGUAGAUGUUCAUCAGGGCAAAGAGAUCUUCAAAGAAAGCAUGAAGGCUAUGCCUGAUGACACUGUCUAUACAGCUGUCAUCGCAAAGCAAGCUGACGUCGAAAGCAAGCGUUUACGGGCUCUUGCCGCAGCUUGGGAGCUCGAAUCAGCCGAGAAACACGCAGUACUUCUUCAAGCCAUUUUCAAGAAUUAUGCUAAACAAUAUGCUGAAAGCAUGAUAGAGGCUUCCUAUUUCGAAAGGGUUUUAGUCAAACGUUCCUUGCAGCAGCUUGAAGAUGACGCAGACUUCACUGUGACUACGUACAGUCAUGAUUUCGCUGCCUAUCAAGUUGCAGACUUGCAACUUGAUUAUCUGGAGGAGAUAUGUGCUGAGCGGAAGUUGCCUCUGGAGGACGAUGAUUCAGAAGAUGCUGAAGAUCGCUUGAAAGCGUGCGUGGACAGCAUACUUGCAGAGUCGAAGAUGGAAAAUACCAGUACCAUGACCUUGGGCCAUCCGAGUCGAAGCGCACUUUAA